AUGGAAGUGACUGUCACACCACACGGAAGUUUAAAUUCAUCUCGUGGUGUGAUAUCUGAGGUUGAUCUGUUAUCUGAAGAAGAGUCAGAUAUUCAGAUUGGCCUUUCAGACCAACGUGUCACUGCUGUUCGACGUAUCUCUAUUCGCCGAGAUGGCAAAUUGAUACCAACCAAACAUCUUAUCCUCACAUUUAACAAGCCGACAUUGCCAUCUUUCAUUACUGCAGGAUUCCUGCGCUGUCCAGUUCGUCCAUACGUUCCAAACCCACUACGUUGUUUCAAAUGCCAGCGGUUUGGACACUCACAGACAUCCUGUCGAGGGAAGAAUGUAUGUGCACAGUGUGGAAUGGAAGGUCACCAGAGCACUGAGUGUACCACUACUCCAUGCUGUGUGAAUUGCAAUGACGCGCACUCCGCUUACUCUCGCAAAUGCCCUGCAUGGCAGACAGAAAAAGAAAUCCAGCGUGUAAAAUCAGUCAACAACUUACCUUAUCCAGAGGCACGUCGCAUGGUCACUUGA